AUGAACCUGGAUCCGGAGAAACCUGAUCCAGCUGAUGUAGCCCAAUAUCUUAGUUUUUUACAUAGAGUAAAACACUUCGCACCUAGAACAAUAAAAUUACACAAGUCUGUUAUAGCUACUAUGGGUGAUCCCUUAAGAAGGGAAGAAAUUUCCAGUCACCCUUUGGUGAAACAUAUUAUUCGAGUAAUAGAGAAUUCUCAUCCUUCAUCGUCGAAGAAAUGUAUCUGGGAUGUCGAACAGCUGAUUGCUUGGAUGAAAACCUCAGUUAUUAAUGAAGAUAGUCUAUUUGAAGUAUCCCGCCAUGUGGCACUGCAUCUUUUGCUGGCGUCGGGUAGAAGAAUACACGAUCUUACUCUUCUAAGGAUUGAUGAUGAUCACCUAAAGUUGAGUGAGGAUUCCGUUACCUUUUGGCCUGUAUAUGGUUCAAAAACAGAUAAGAUUAAUCAUCAACAAUCAGGUUGGCAUUUAUCUAAAGGUUCAAUUAAGUCUCUAGAUCCCAUAUAUUGGACGAAAAGACUGAUUGAUUUGUCAGCCUCUAGAAGACAGGCAAGAAACAAAUUGACAUCUUUGUUUGUAUCUACACGCGGAAUUGUAAAGUCUGCAACUAGAGCCACAAUUGCAGGAUGGGUAAAAUCUGCUUUAAAGCAUCUUGGUAUUGAUUUUUCGCCUGGAAGUAUAAGAUCUGCCGUAGCCUCCUCAAGGCAGGAGAACAAUGUUCCUUUAGAUAUAAUCAUUAAAAAUGGAAAUUGGAAAUCUAAUAAAAAUAUAUUUAAGUUCUACUUUAAAGAGAUAAUUAAAAAGACAUCUGGUGCUCAUCCAGUUAAUGACUUAGUUUGUUCUAAUUUUAAGGCUAUCUAG